UAUAAUUGAUUUCUCCAUUAUAAAAUAUAUAUAUAUAUAUAUAUAAGUAUAGUUUAAAGAAUAAUUUAGAGAAAUGGAAAUGAAUCUGAAAGUAAAAACCAAAGGCAAACUGGUUGAGAAGAAAAGCUUAGAGUUAGAGGAGUUAGAGCCAGCGAGUCCAAACUCAGAAUAUUUCUUGAGUGAGGUUGCAACAACCUAUAUUCUUUCUAUUUUUGAAUUGGAGAUCCCUAUUGAUUCUUCACAUAUGUAUGAUUUCUUCAAUGGUGUCUUCCUUGACACUCAUCCUCGUUUUUCGUGUAUCCCGAUUGAAGGAAAGAAGGGAAAGAAAAUGUGGAAGAAAGUAGAAGUAAAUGUGAAAGAUCAUAUUAUUAAGGCCCCAAUAUUACCAGAAAAUCUAUCACCAGAAAGUUAUUUAGAUGAAUAUAUGUCGAAAUUAGCUACAUUACAAAUGCAACUAAACAAACCUUUGUGGGAAGUUCACAUUUUCAAUUACCCAACAAACAAUUCGGCCUCAACAUUAUUUGUUAAGUUUCACCAUGCAAUUGCUGAUGGUGUCUCACUCAUGGGAGUUGUGUUCGCUUGCUUUCGGAGAGUCGAUGAUCCAACACUUCCCCUAGCUUUCCCUACCAAAACAGCUACUUCAAGAACAAUAAUUAAACAAAAUGUAUUUCACAAUUUUGUGGUGAAAACUUUAAGGACUGUGCCUAGAUUUCUAUCUUCUAUCCUUUGUUCGGUAUAUGAUUUUGGACAAACUCUUAGUGUCGUGUUUUUUGAAGACGAACGUACUCCGAUCAGGUCGGGGAAUACUAACAUGCGUCUUCCUGGCUCAGCUAGAAUUUGUUCAAUCACUUUGCCUCUCAUUGAUAUCAAGAGAAUCAAGUCACUUCUUAGAGUGACGGUUAAUGAUGUUGUUCUUGGGAUAAUCUCUUUCGGAAUUCGGCUGUAUAUCAAAGAAAAAGAGCAAGGACAAACAAAGAAAAAUACUCGUAUGACGGCGUCAAUAGCCGUUAAUUUUAGGAGCAUCAAGGGUUAUGCAAAACCAGAAGACAUGCGCAAAGGAAAAACAUGGGGAAAUAAAAUAUCAGUGAUUGAACUAAUACUUCCAAAAUUUAAAGAGGAUGAUUUUAAGAAUCCCCUCAAUUUUAUCAUGAAAGCCAAUAAAAUUAUGAAGAGAAAGAGGACAAGUGUUGGUGCCAUUUAUCUCACCGCUUGGACCCUUGAGGCUAUAAGGAUUUUCGCCGGCUAUAAGAUAUAUAUUUCACGAAGGUUACUGCUGAUGCGGAAUCCGCCUACUCCUUAUCUUCACGUCUUGUUGCCCUAUGGAAAUCGCAGCAGGGGGAUCACUCCUCGGCUUGGUUGCGGGCAGUCCCCAUCUCGGGUUUAGGCCAGACUAUGAACGGUAA